CUACAACCGUGUACCGGAAGUGGUCACGGCUAAAACCUGUAGUGACGUCUGUUUGUGAAAGACAAAAACAGUGGGCACACGCACAGGGUCUGCUGUAUUUUUGGAAGCGAGUGGGCUUAUCUUCAAGACUGGCACACUCAAGUCGAUUGUAGCGCGAGGAGAACUCAAGCGUGCGGCUUGAAAUAACGCAAGUCACUGUCGUAUUUUCUCUAAACGGGGAGCAAAAGGAGUUCAACACCCGCGGAUGGACCGAGCGAGUCGGGAACAAAUCAAACCGUGUCAUUUUGCCUGGUGACAACGCUCGACUGACUCAAUCAUUCCCACUCUAGCCGACCACUUCACUUGCGCCGUGGAGGCAUUUAAUUGUCGUGGACGGUUGGUGCAUCGCGCUCACUGAUAAUACAUCGCACACUCCUCUGGGUAAUUUGGAGGGCUUACGUCACGAACGUGUCACGCUAAUUUAGCUUGUAGCUAGCCUGACUUGGACCUCUCGAGCCGCUAGCUGCAGAAUGUAGCCACGGUUUCGAAGGUCCAAGCUCGUUUCGUAUGGUGACGCAGUCGCUCCCAGGUUUGCUUCUUCAGUGAGUGGAGAAUGUGAAGCACAACCAUGGCCACCUUGGAAGGCUAUCGGGAGUACCAGAGGAUUGAGGACCUGGAGGAGGACUCUCCACCCGGGGAGGAGGACUUGCUGCUCCAUGUGCCCGAAGGCCUGAAAGAUUCAUGGCACCACAUCAAGAACUUGGACAACUUCUUCACCAGAAUCUAUCAUUUUCAUCAAAAGAAUGGCUUCGCCUGUAUGAUGCUUUCGGAGUUCUUUGAACUUGUUCAGUUUCUGUUCGUCGUCACGUUUACGACGUUCUUGGUCAACUGCGUGGAGUACGACGUCCUUUUUGCCAACCGAGCUGUCAAUCAUACGGGGCCGGGCCACAACCCGUUGGACAGGGGCAAGGUCACCCUCCCUGAUGCCCUUUUGCCCAGCCAGCAGUGCAUUCAGAGUAUCCAAGAGAACAGCUGGAUCAUAUUCCUUCUCAUCAUGGCGGCCAUCUUCUGGAUCUAUCGACUCGUCAAGGUUAUUUGCAACGUUCUGAGCUACUGGGAGAUCCGGCAGUUCUACAUUAAAGCGCUGAAGAUCAGAAUGGAUGAACUAUGCAACUUCACGUGGCAGGAAGUACAGGACCGUCUCAUCAGCCUGCAGCGAGAGCAGCAAAUGUGCAUCCACAAGAAAGAGCUGACAGAAUUGGACAUCUAUCACCGUAUCCUGCGCUUCAAGAACUACACGGUGGCCAUGAUCAACAAAUCCCUGCUACCCGUGCAUCUGCAGCUCCCCCUACUGGGCGAUGUGAUCUUCCUCACGCAGGGCUUGAAAUACAACUUUGAGCUCAUCCUCUUCUGGGGCCCCGGCUCGCUGUUCCAGAACAAGUGGAACCUGCACCCCAAGUACAAGCGCAGUGGCAACCGGCUGGAGCUGGCGCAGCAGCUCAGCAGGGUCAUCCUGCUUAUGGGCGUGGCCAAUCUGCUGCUUUGUCCCUUUAUUCUGGUGUGGCAGGUGCUCUACGCGUUCUUCAGCUACACGGAAGUCAUCCGCCGCGAGCCAGGGAGUCUGGGGGCGCGCCGCUGGUCCCUCUAUGGCCGACUGUACCUGCGGCACUUUAACGAGCUCAACCACGAGCUGCACGGACGCUUGGGCAGAGGCUACAAACCCACGUCCAAAUACAUGAACUCCUUCACAUCGCCGCUGCUCACCGUGCUGGCGAAAAACGUCGCCUUCUUCUCAGGCUCGGUGUUGGCCGUCCUCAUCGCACUGACUGUCUAUGACGAAGACGUCCUGACGGUGCAGCACAUUCUGACUGUCAUCACUGUGCUCGGGGUGGUUAUCACCAUCACUCGGUCCUUUAUCCCAGACGAGCAGAUGGUUUGGUGCCCUGAACAGCUGUUGCAGUGCAUGCUGGCCCACAUCCACUAUAUGCCGGACCACUGGAGGGGCAACGCUAACAAGAGCGAAACCCGGGACGAGGUGGCACAGCUCUUCCAGUACAAAGCGGUGUUCAUCCUGGAGGAGCUGCUCAGUCCCAUCAUCACACCCUUCAUUCUCAUCUUUCUGCUGAGGAACAAGUCUCUGGAGAUUAUAGACUUCUUCAGGAACUUCACAGUGGAAGUGGUUGGCGUGGGAGACAUCUGCUCCUUUGCACAGAUGGACAUCAGACGCCACGGGAACCCGACUUGGCUGUCCGAGGGUCAGACAGAGGCGUCUGUGUACCAGCAGGCCGAGAACGGAAAGACGGAGUUGUCGCUCAUGCACUUCACCAUUAAGAACCCGCACUGGCAGCCGCCGCUGGAGAGCUCGGUGUUCAUCAGCCACUUGAAGGAGAAGGUGCAGCAUGACGCGCAAGGCGGUCCAUCCACGCAGCUCCUGCUUUCCGAGGCUCCUCUCUGCACAUCGCUGCAGUCCAAUGAAUCUGCUACCGGGCCUGAUAAUCUGCUGGCCAGCAUUCUUGCGCACCCUGUUCUCACCGCAUCAGGACUACAAGGCAGAGAUCACCGCUUUAUUGCGCCAAGCACAGCAGCCUCAGCCGCCGCCAGCGUCCUGGCCUCUUUAUCCAUCUCCCAGCUGCCGAACGCCGGCCGAGGCCGCUCGCAACGCCACCAAGCUUCCUCAAUACAUCCAGAGAGCACCAUUUAUCCCAGUGAUCGCACCAUCAUUGACAGUAUGUCAUUCAGUGACAGCCGUUUACAAAGCAAUACACUGCACUCUGAGUUUGCCUCAGCAGAGAUGAGCCUUCACGCCAUCUACAUGCACGAGCUCCACCAACAGACGUCGCACCCGCAAAGAGGUUCAGGGCAUUGGCAUAGCUCAGUGCCAAUGACGGAUCUACAUGGCAACACUGGUUUCCCGGCCCAUAUUGGUUCUACACCGUCUUUAGUCACACCGGUGCAUCUUGGUGGGUGGCAAGAAGAAGAGGAGGAGGAGGACGACGACGGUGAAGAGGAGAUAAACAGUGGAUCCACUCUGAAACAGGACACCGGGACUUGUUGAAGUGCCUUAUGACAUAAGUGUUUACGUUUUACUUUUCUCCAAUGACAACUGUGGCCUUAGAAGAUCUUCAGCACGGACCUUUAAAUCCAUCCUUUUGUCACGUGACACGUCUCAUGAAGAAACGACUAUCUUCUUCAUCCGCACAGACAUCAGGGAAGCAUCCAUGUUUUUAUUUUCUGUAGAUGAUCUGUGUGUGUGUGCUCGUUUGUUUGUGUGCGGGCAAGUAAGAUGGUGUAUACAAAAGACCACUGAUGGAAAAAUGCCAAAGGCUCUAUAUGCACAAUUCAAGUGUUUUUAGUGGAUAUCACAAGCAUCUAGUAUAGUGUUUCACUGCAUUAUUGUUGCUUGGGACUAUCAUAGCGCUUAGAUCCUUGCGACGUGUAAAUACUAGAUGAGUACAUUGUUACUACCACACCUAAAACAUGCAUAUAAACAGGAUAGUACACAUACUACCAGAAGAGUAUGUUGCUGAAUUACUUGAUCAAUGACUUCACAUGGAGCAUUUUUGUCGAUGUCUGGUUCUCACAAUCACAGAUUUUGUUCAGUAUUAUCACCUCUUUAGCAAGAUGUUUAUUUAGGAAUAUGACGAUGGACUAAAUGGGGCCCCAAAGCCACUACAGGAAGUGAAGGUUUUACAUUCUGUAUUGACCCUGUGGCAGUGUCCCGGAAACCCCAUUGCAGUUACACGCAAUUUUGGUCACUUCCUGUUUUUAUUCCACAAUGGUUGCCCGUCAAGCACUGAUCUUGAACUCGCCUAUCCCUGCUGACUUUUGGGCCAGACUGGUUGUCAGCCAAUCGCAGAGCACUUAUAGAGCAUUCACACUCACAUUCACACCUAUGUACAAUUUUAAGUCUUCAAUGAACCUAACAUGCAUGUUUUUGGAAUGUGGGAAGAAGCUGUAGUAUCAGAGGAAAACCCACGCAAGCACGGGGAGAACACACAACCUCCACACAGGAAGGCUGGGAUUAGUACACCGAACCUCAGAACAGUGAGGCAGGUGUGCUUAACCACUAAUGUACCGUGUUGCUAUCUGAAAUUUAUCAGGAGUAAAAUAUUUUUACACUUUUUGGGGUUUGUUUUACAUAUCUUGCUUGUACUCAUUUUUCUUAACAUGGAUGCAAAAGCGGAGGAAACCUCUGAGAAUCUUCUGGGGGAAAAGAAAAAGUUUAUUAUUAUUAUUUUUUAAAAAUUAUUCAAAGUUGGUCCCGUUCAACUUUGAUAGUGUUUUUUAUUUGGGGGGGAAAUAUUUUUAUAUUUAGUAUUUCAAUCACAUUCUUUCAAUGAACCACAUAAUACAUGCAUGUUAAAUAGAAUAGGCAUAUUCACUAUGAACAUAAUUUCCCCCCCCAAAACAUUAUUGUGGAUUCCCACAGAAAAUUCCCCUAAAUUUUGUCGCCCUUGGUUUUCUAUGACCACAGGUUUUCCCUGAAUUGAGUGUUUUAUGAAAAGAAGGCACUCAGCCUCAUUUGUUAGCUUUGGAUGUAUUUUUUACCUUUUCUCCUCUGAUAUAUAACGACAAUUUAAAAAUGUUCUCUGUCCAAUCUUAUAACUGUGUGACUAAUAACAGACCCUCAAAUUAUGAGUAGCUAAAAAUAAAUGACUUGAUGACAUUGCGUUACAGUAGUUCAUCCUUAGUGAUAAUAUAAAUAUACACGCACACAUAACAGGCUUUUGUAGACUUCACACUAUAUUGCAUUAUGGCUUUGAUUUGUUUUUAACAUCCAGAAGAUUAGCAGCUCUCAUCAGUAAUGCUAAACAUGUAGGCCUCUUCAUUUAUAUCUACGGAAGAACAAAUGCUUCAUGAUGCUAAUAAUAAUCUCGGUAUUUUGCACUGAUAUAUAGUUUUAAGUGUACAUACAUGUAAGUACAGCACAUGCAACAGCUCAGAAAGGGACCUGAGCCACCACCUCUAAAUGUUUGUAUAUAACGACUCAUUUUGUACCGGCCAAUUGAUGAGGUCACAGGUUUUUAUUUUUUAUUUUUUUGUUGUUGUUUUUUUUUGUGCGUGUGUUGGUUGCGUCUUGCAAAUUCACGUUGUAAAGACACUGGAGUUCAAAGUUGCUUGCUUUUUUAAAUGUUUUUAUUGCAGUCACACCUCACUGCUGGUGUUCUCUUUUUUUAUUUGAAGCAGUGCCUUAGGAUUAAGGACUCAUACUUUAUCUCAAGUCAUAUAGGAUUUACAGUGGGUACGGGAAGUAUUCAGACCCCCUUAAAUGUUUCACUCUUUGUUGUAUUGCAGCCAUUUGCUAAAAUCAUUUUAGUUAAUUUCUUUCCCUCAUUAAUGUACACAAAGCACCCCAUAUUGACAGAAAAAAAACGGAAUUGUUGAAAGUUUUGCAGAUUUAUUAAAAAAGAAAAACUGAAAUAUCACACAGCCAUAAGUAUUCAGACCCUUUGCUGUGACACUCAUAUAUUUAACUGGGGUGCUGUCCAUUUCUUCUGAUCAUCCUUGAGAUGGUUCUACACCUUCAUUGGAGUCCAGCUGCGUUUGAUUAUACUGAUUGGACUUGAUUCGGAAAGCCACACCCCUGUCUAUAUAAGACCUUACACCUCACAGUGCAUGGCAGAGAAAAUGAGAAUCAUGAGGUCAAAGGAACUGCCCGAAGAGCUCAGAGACAGAAUUGUGGCAAGGCACAGAACUGGCUAAGGUUACAAAAAAAAUUUGGCUGCACUUAAGGUUCCUAAGAGCACAAUGGCCUCCAUAAUCCUUAAAUGGAAGACGUUUGGGACAACCAGAACCCUUGCUAGAACUGGUUGUCCGGCCAAACUGAGCAAUCUGGGGGAAAGAGCCUUGAUGGGAGAGGUAAAGAAGAACCCAAAGAUCACUGUGGCUAAGCUCCAGAGAUGCAGUCGGGAGAUGGGAGAAAGUUCUAGAAAGUCAACCAUCACUGCAGCCCUCCACCAGUCUGGGCUUUAUGGCAGAGUGGCCCGACGGAAGCCUCUCCUCAGUGGAAGACACAUGAAAGCCCGCAUGGAGUUUGCUAAAAAAAAAAAACACCUGAAGGACUCCAAGAUGGUGAGAAACAAGAUUCUCUGGUCUGAUAAGACUUUUUGGCCUUAAUUCUAAGCGGUAUGUGUCGAGAAAACCAGGCACUGCUCAUCACAUGUCCAAUACAGUCUCAAGAGUGAAGCAUGGUGGUGGCAGCAUCAUACUGUGGGGGUGUUUUUAAUCUGCAGGGACAGGACGACUGGUGGCAAUCGAAGGAAAGAUGAAUGCCCAAGAUAGAAAUUGUUGGCCUUAAUUUUAAGUGGCAUGUGUGGAGAAAACCUCCAGAGUGCUCAGGACCUCAGACUGGGCCGAAGGUUCACCUACCAACAAGACAAUGAUCCUAAGCACACAGCUAAAAUGACAAAGGUGUGGCUUCAGAACAACUCUGUGACUAUUCUCGAAUGGCCCACCAGAGCCCUGACUUAAACCCAAUUGAGCAUCUCUGGAGAGAACUGAAAAUAGCUGUCCACCAACGUUCACCAUCCAACCUGACAGAACUGGAGAGGAUCUGCAAGGAGGAAUGGCAGAGGAUCCCCAAAUCCAGGUGUGAAAAACACACAAAAGACUCAUUACUGUAUUAGCUCAAAAGGGUGCUUCUACGAAAUACUGAGCAAAGGGUCUGAAUACUUAUGGCUGUGUGAUAUUUCAAUGUUUGUUUUUUAAUAAAUCUUUCAACAUUUUCGUUUUUUUUCUGUCAAUAUGGGGUGCUGUGCGUACAUUACGGAGGAAAAAAAUGAACUUUAAGUAUUUUAGCAAAUGGCUGCAAUAUAACAAAGAGCAAUAAAUUUAAGGGGGUCUGAAUACUUUCCGUACCCACUGUACGUCAUUAACGGUACAUAUUUUACAGUCGUGUGCUCUAAGUAAGUCACUGUGUGUAACAUCAAGGUGAAAUGCCAUAUUUGCUCAAAUAGUGGCCCUAAUUAAGACCAUUGCCUCCUUCACAUAUAGGCCAUGCCCAUCCACUUAUUGGGUCAGUGCGGAAUCCACUUGAGAAAAAUACCUUUAAACGCCUCCUUUAAACUGAAGCUGUACCCCAAUUAGUCAACCGGUGCGUCAUCCGUUAAAGAAAAAAAAAUAAUAAUAAUAACCUUCCUUGAAUAGUUGGCACUUGGUAGGUGCAUCAUUGACUUUAAAAAAUUAAAGACCUCCCUUAAAUAGAAACUUUGCCCCAAUUAGUUGGCACUUGGUAGGUGCAUCAUUCUCUUUAAAAAACCUAAACACCUCCAUUAUGGUGAAAAAUGCCUCCUUCAAAUAGGUGCCAUACUCCAAUUUGUAAGCCUGGAUGUCAUCCAGUUAGAAGAAAAGAAAAAAAACGCCACCUUCAAAUAAUACCAAUAAAUGACUUCCUCAGAUAGACACCAAGUCCUAAUUAGUCGGCGGUGUGUCAUCCACUUAAGACAAUAAACGCUUCCCUCAAAUAAACACUGUGCCCCAAUUAGUCGGUGGGUGUGUCAUCCGCUUGAGUAAAUAAACGCCUCCCGGCCACAUUUUGUGUAAAUACGUUAGAUUAAAAUAAAUGUGACUUUUAAGAAUGACGGCAAAGAGACUGACAAGAUACAUAUUUUUUUUUCAUGUAUUUUUGCUGUCUGAAAUUGCACUGUCCUGUCAUCUACUGGCAUCAUCAUCAUUGUUACCGUGGACAACCUCACAACAACAAGCCAGUCAAAUAACACAAUGACUGGGACAAGGUGCUAUAUGUUUUCAUGCUGAAACACGAUGUGGGUUUUACAGCACGUUCUGGACUUUAAACACUAGCUGACUAAUGCAACGCGCCAAAAGAACUUUUUCGACACAGUGUCACAAUACACGUUUUCUGCCUAGCAGAUAAAUCUUAUUUAAUCGUUUUUUUUUGUGUGUGUGUGUUUAUUGAUUGUGAUGUCUAUUUGAAAUAAAGCUUAUUUCCAAGUUUGUGAACACUGUGAUGUGAUAUCAUCAUCUCCUAUUUAUUAUCUGCUACCCAGAUGAGAAUAUGUUAAGUUAUUUCACAUAACCAUCAACGAGGCAA